CAAAAGCUCAGCACUGGAAAAAUUGCAACACAUGUCGGCGAGGUAAAAGCGUACAGGUGAGAGGCAGCUUCAAAAGCCAUGUCUUCCGGAGGAAAGCUGAAGACAGCAGGCCAAUGGCAGAAUGCCGGGGUGACCCGCAAAUUGAAAGACGAAUACAGCUCUGAGAUAACAGCAAUCAAGGCGAAGCAUGUGACGAAGUUACCGAAGGUAAGGGAACAAGGGGAUGCAAGAGGGUCAAGCCCAGAAGCUGGGUACCUUCGCCGCAAAGGGAUGCCCUCCCAUGUGCCUCCCUCCUGGCCAGGCUUCCAUGGCACUUUCCACAGCGCAGCGCUCGAAGGCAGAAAGUCCACGUCACCGGGCAUCAAGCAGAGCCCGCCAAGGCAGGACCCAGCUCUGCUAAGAAGGCGCUCCUCGUCCGAGUCUCGCGUAUCCGGAAGCUCCGGGGUCAAAUCGCCGAAACACUCAGAGCCGCGCUUCGACGGCUCCUACAGCUAUGUCUUCCCGGAUCGCAGCAGCCCCAAUGGCGUACCAACCCCCCGAGGGAGCGCGCAAAAAACUUUUGAUAGCCCCGGGGAGAUAAAGGGGCGCGGUGAAAUAACGGGAGCGCUCGGCCGUGCCGGUCCCUGGAGCAUCGCUGCCGGCCGUGCGGCGUUGCCGGACACGGGAGAGUCUUUUACAUUUCCCGAGGUGCUGCCGCGAGAGGUGCUGCGAUUUGCAGAGGCCCCCCUCAAGCCGCUGCCGGAGUGGGAGGAAGGGGAAUGCGGACCCCCCGGAUGCGGCGGGGGGCCCCUGGAGCAGUCCAGGCUGCACAACAGGCAGCAGGAGAGUUUUGCGACAGGAUCGCCGCCACUGCCCAGGGCAGCUGCGGAGGCCUCUCCUGCUUCUCUGCACAACCGGGGCUUCCCUCAAAUUCCCAGCCCGGCACGCUCGCCAGUACAGAGCCUGAGUCCUGCUCAAAGCAUCGGCAGCGCUGCGGGCAGCGCGCAAAGCGCAGCCUGGGGCCGGUCUCCCGCGGCGAGCGGCGGCGGCAGGGAGCGCAGCAGGGAGCGUUCCCUCUCGCCGGAGCCGGGAAACUUCGUUCGCAACCCCGGCCACCCGCUGAACGCUGCGCGCUCCCCCUGGUCGGCCGGCCUGGAGGCGUACGCUACGCAGCUGUCCGACAGCUGCCCUCGGCAGCCGCCCGGCAGCUGCCGUCCUGCGCCACGCAGCGCGCCCCGGCCCCGCACCCCGGCGGUCGGCUCUGCCUCCGAGCCCCGGCCGGCCUGCCGCAGCCUCCGGGAGCAAUUUGAGGCCUCUUACGCACCUGCCGCAAACUCCAACCUUCCGGCAUCAGACAGCCAGUGCCCCCCGCACCCCGUUCAGCUGGAGGCAGAGAAUCCAGCGCAGGUUCCAGAGCUCGCGAGCGCUGGCGGCACAGAUGCGGCCGGGGCGGCAACGCCGGUGAGGCCGGCGGCUACUGCGCAGCCGGCGAGCCCCGGGGCGGCGGCCGCAGCCGCGCGCGCACUGCUGGGUUCGGCCGGCAAGGCGCUGCGGCAGAGCCUCUCAGACGGCCUGCGCGGUUGUGGCGGCCUGUCUGCUGUGGCCGGCUUGGGCAGCCUUGCUGGGCAGGGCAGCGGGGCAGCUGCUGCUGCACCACAUUCUCAGGAGGGGACACCAGCAAAACUUGCACAGCGGGCCACAGAGGGCGCGAGUGCAGUCGUGGCGAUGGCAGCGGCCGCAGGCUUGGCGUUGCAGCAAUGUGUGAGGGGGAGGUUGGUGGCUUGGAGGGGAAUGCGCACGAGGAAGCUGGCGGCGGCUGAGGACUCCACAGACAGCAGUUUCCCGAGCGCCGCGCAGAUCGCAGACGCUGUCACUGAGAAGGUUGUCAGGAAGCAGGUUGCCUUCCUGUUCUUCGCAUUCAUCCUGCUGUCGGCAACAGCGUUACUUCCGGGCGCUCUCAUGCUUGCUCGGCUCUCAGCGGCUGCUGCGGCGGCUGCCGCCCGGGACGCAGCUGCCGCGCCUGUGCCAGACAGCAAUGACUACACCUGCUUGGGGGAGGGAGGGUCGGGCAGCGGGCAAAGCGUGGGCAAGGGAGGGCAGCAGAGUGAGGCGGACGAGGCUGCUGUGGAGGCUGCAUGUGAGCGCAUGAUCCUGGAGGGCGUGCGGCUGUUGCAGGAAGGGAAGCUCGACCAGGCAGAGUAUUUACUGCUUGAAGGGGUAAAAUACGUGGAGGCAUCGUUGCCAGACAGCGCAGGACUAGCCUCGCUACUGGACCAGCAGGCGCUAGUGCAGUUCCUGGCAGGGAAGCUGCCGGAAGCUGCUGCGGCAGCUGCGCGCAUGCUGGAGCUCGCUCAGCAACUCUUUGCUGACGAGGAGGCCGCCGUCGCCAUGUGCAGCCUGCGGCUGGGCACUGCGCUGGCAGGUCAGGGGCGCUGGGAGGAGGCGCAGCCGCUGCUGCAGGAGGCGGCAGAGGCGCUGACAGCAGCCUUUGGGGACGAGUAUGAGGCUCUGGGUGAAGCACGCUUUUAUCUGGCCCUCGCUGAAGUGGCCGGCUCCACAGAAGCCUCCCUGCCGGCAGUCGAUGGCGACUUGAUUGAGGGGCUGAUGCGCAUGCGCACGAAUGUGGGUGUCGGCCCCUUGCUGGCUGGUGCAGGGCUGAGGGAACACCAUCGGAUUCUGGAGGAUGCGCUGCAGCUGGAGGACUGGACCAGAGCAGAGGCCCUAUUCCUGCAGGAGAUUCGGCUGCAUGAGGCGCUGGACCCAAAGAGCGAGGCGCUGGCGCUGCUGCUCUACCAGUUCUCCACCCUGCAGUUCAUCCUGGGCCGCCUUGAUGACGCGCGCGAGCUCUGCCUGCGCUCCAGCGCCCUCGCUGAGAAGGUGCACAAGCCUGGCAGCGACCAGGCGAUGCUGCGCUCGCAUCGGCUGGGCACAAUAGCGGCAGCCGCACAGGACGUGACAGCUGCCGAGCAGCUGCUUCACCAGUCGCAGCAGCACUUCUCACGACGCCUUGGACAGGACAACCCCAUCACUGGAGAGGCGCGGUUCUAUCUGGCGUUGACGCGGCUGCAUGUGAUGGAGAGCAAGCUGACUGGGAUGGACCCCUUUGAUCGGAUCCUGGUCCCCACAAAGCGGGGGGACCUGCUCGCUGAGCUGGCAGGGGGAAUUAAUGCGAUGGCCAGGGGGUUCGGCGACGAACACAUGCUUGUGCGCAAGGCAAAGGAGCUAGAACAGCUGCGCGUGGCGUAG